AUGAAUUGUACAAUCGCUUCAAAGCGAAUGCUUGCAGACUUAUUCGCUGCAAUAGCAGAGCUUGAGAUUAAAUGUGAAAUGGCAAGGCUAAAUUUAGCAGAGAACCCAUUCUUUGAGCCAUUCAAUACCUUCACUAUUCUUGAUAUAGAGAAGCAUGGUCAACUCAGAGAUGCUGACAUAUUCAACUUUUGUUUAGAAAAUGGUAUUCCCUGCAAUUAUGGUGAUGCUUCACUCUUGAUUGCUCAAUACGAUGAGAAUAGCAAUGGGAAACUAUCCUUCACUGAGUUUACUCAAUUCGCUCUUCCUGCUACUAAUGGAGCAUUGAGAGAAAAGGCUGCCUCAAGAGACUAUGUUCCAGAUAAAACAGCUAGCCAGGUCUUACCAUCAGACUUAUGUGUGUUGAUAGCAGACCUUUUCGCAGCAGAGCUAGAUUUCCAAAGAGUCACAGGGAUGAUCAAGCAAGACCUAAAUUUGAGAGUUGAUUUCACAACCAAACAUGCCUUUGGCUGGAUGGAUAUCUCCAAACCUCUCGGAGGUAUUGACAGGCACGAUAUCAGGCAGUUUGUUGAUUACCAUGCAAGGUAUCUGAACGAAGAAGAAUUGGAUGCUAUUAUCCGUAGAUGUGACACUGACGGAGAUGAAUCUAUUUCAUACUUGGAAUUCCUUGAAGUUGUCCAAGGAAUUCAAUCAAAUAUUCCUACAUUCUCUAAAGCCAUUUCUUACGAAAGAGAAAGAUUAUCAUCUCCUAUAAGAGGAGUUCAUGUCACUACAACUUAUCAUUCUCCUGGGAGGAUCAGGCCAGAGCCAGUUGUUACCACAGUUGAGAGAAGUCCAGGAAGAGUAUCAACUACUACAAGAAGCCCAGGAAGGAUCACUACUGUAAACAGAAGUCCUAUGAGAGUUAAAACACAUCACUUCUCUCCUCCUAUAGCGCAUGUUCAAUACUCUCCUUAUAAGGAAGUGAGGACCCAAGUUAAAGAAUCUCCAAGGCCAAGUGAUGAAAUUAGGACUUCCUCAGCAAGGCGUUCUCCUCCAAGAUAUACAGGAACAAGGGAUUCUCCAUUCAGUAGAACAGUUACUUCGUUUACCAGAAAAGACAAUACCAAGCCAUUUGGGGCUGAAUUUUUGUCAGGAAAUUCUGCCAGAGUUGAGUCAAGGUAUGUUGAUUCAGGAGCUAGAGAGCCAUUUCCAAGAGUAACCAGGAUCACAAGGUCUCCUCAAAGAGUUACCACAGUUACUCAUUCUCCAGAGAGGAUCACUAGAAUAAUUAGGUCACCUGGAAGAGUCCAUGUUAAAGAGACAAAUCAUUAUUCUCCAAGAAGCGUUCAUGUGAAGGAAUAUACGCCUUACUCGCCUUGUUCAGUGCAUGAUUAUGAGACCAGUCAUUAUUUUUCAAGAGGAUCUCAUAUUGAAGAAACCAAGCAUUAUUCUCCAUCAAGAGUCCAUGUCACAAGAAAUUUCCACAGCUCAGUGAGGCCAAGUAGUCUUCUAAAAGGUUUUGAGGAAGAGGAAUUAGCUCAAUCGUUGAUUCAACUAAUCACAGUUGAAGGAAAGCUUGAAGCAGCUAAGGAAGCAUUAGCUCAGAGACCUAAUUUCACGAUUCAUGAUGCUUUCAACAUUUUUGAUUUUUCAGGUUAUGGUAGAAUCGAACCUUUCAACGUAAAAGAUGGAUUAGCAAGAUUUGGGGUUAUGAUCACAGUCGAUGAAGCAAGGCUUAUAGUAUCAAGGUAUGAUAAAAAUAGGGACGAAUCUUUAAGAUUUGAUGAAUUUUCAGCUAUUUUCUUCCCUCUUGAUAGAGCUUUCGGAGAUAGCCUUGACCAUAGAAAUAGGAGGUUCCCAAACGGAUAUUAUCCUACUCCUGAUAUUGUUGAUCCUGUCACAAGAGAAGAUUUUGUCAGAGUUCUUAGACUUGUAGUAGAAACCGAGAAUUUGGCUGAACAUAUCAGACAGAAGCACUCAGAGAGGCCACUUUUUGAUAGAACUGAUGCUUUCGAUGCUAUAAAUAGGUUCGGAUCUCAGAGCAUCACCCAAGGAGAUUUUCAAGAUCUCCUUGCUAGACAUAGAUUCUUUGCUACAGACAAAGAACUUGGCUCUCUGAUGGACAGAUUUGAUAAGACAAAGAAAGGCUCUGUCGCCUAUAGUGAGUUCGUGGACGAAAUCACUCCUCAUUCCCCAGUCAGGUAUUAAUUUAUGUGAUAAAGGAUUUCAAAAA